CUACGCAAGCAGCGUGGAUUGCGGCACGAGCUGUUUGAGAAAGAAUGCUGAAACUCUGAAGGCACCCCUACCUGCAAACAUUGGUAAUGGCGAACGUGCCUAUCGUUGCUGCGAGUGCAGCAGCGCUGACGGCUAGCCUCGCCGGCCUAGCUGGGCUCGCACAGAGUUUGGCGGGGAGGAGCAAAGCCGAACAGGGCCGGGCGCGGCCAGUCCGGGCCGUGGGGGGAGGUGGAGACGAGUUUGAUGACGAAAAUGUCAAUUUGGCAGAGUCAGCAUCCGUGUGGCUGGCCCGGAGGGGCUCCUCGCAGGUCCUUGAACCGCAGGCAUCCUCCUACGGCGAGCUUGAGCUGCUGGCUGAUGGGGAGUUCGUCUACUUCCGCAAGGACACAGAAGUGUUGACGGCUAUCCCGCCAUACCGAGUCCUCCAACUGCAGCCUUUGCAAUUGGCCAAGGGGAGACCAGAUGCCGUGCCCAGCGCACCUCUGGAGCCCAAUUCGGUGUGGCUUGUGCUCCGGAAGAAGCAAGAGGUGGUCUUCAUGCUGCUUGGGUCCGACCACGAGCGGCACGUGCUGGAGGCCGACCCGCAGGCGCCAAACGGUGUCACGCUGGGCGGCGGAAACGUGAGGAAGCGUGGGCGCUGGACCAUCACGCCGCAGGGCCUGGCCUGCGUCGCCUGGCCGCAGCACUUGCUGCCGCUGCAGGCGCUGACGGUGCAGCUGGUGGACGCCCGCGCCGUGGGGUCGGUCAAGGCAGCCAUGGCACGCAAGCUGAACGAGCUGGCAAACAUUCUUGACGGCGAGGCGCACCACCGGGCUGUGGCGGAGACGCGCAGCCAGCAGCUGGAGCUGGAGCUCCGGCGGGUGAAGGAUGAGGUGGCCUCGCAGGUCGCGGAGCUACGUGCCCAGCUGGACGCGGCAGUGCGGGGGCGGCACGUCGCAGAACGCGAGGUAGCGUCGCUGCAGGGGCAGAAGGCGGACGAGGCAGUGCGCGCCAAGAUGGCGCAAGCCCGCGCCGCCCAGGCGGAGUUUGAGGCGCAGCAGGCGGCUGCCAAUGUGAAAGGAUUGCAGCAGCAGAUCCAGGGCAUGUUGGCGGGACAUGCAGAGGAGUUGCGUACGCUGCAGAACGAGCUACAGUUUGCACGCGAGGCCAACGACGCGCUCAAGCGGGCCAUGGGCGAGCAGGUGAUGGCGCUACAGGGCGCGCUGGAGCUGCGGGAUGCGCGCAUCCUGGAGCUGGAGGAGGAGAACGAGCGUAUGGACACGGUGCUGCAGGUGAUCCAGGCACAGCUGGGUCAUGGCGGCGGCGUGGGCGCUGUCGAGGGGUUCGGCGCUGCGGUCGAACAGGCCCAAGUGGCUUGUGAGGCGGCAGGUGCUGGGACCCGGAGUACGGCGGAGCACGAGGGCGAGGGCACCUAUGCCUCAGCCGCCGGAGGUAGCACCUCCGAGCCCGCCAAGUCGGAAGAGGCCCAGACUGGCCAGCCGCCCCUGUGGAAGGCAUUGCUGGACUCUACGGGCGGCAUCUCGCUCACAGCUCUGAAGGAGAGUUUGGAGGUCAGCCGGCGGAGUAACCUCCAGGAGCCACGGCACGCCGACGCCCAUGGAGCCUCUGAGGCCGCACCCGAAGCGGAGGCGCAGCCGGUCAUUGUGGAGGAGCGGACAGAGGUGGAUAGCACGGAGCCGAGUGCCGGUCCUUCAGUACCAGAGGCGCCAGCCGACCUCGGCCACCCAACUGAUGCUGACGGCAGCGAGUCAGCGGGGCCGCGCGCAUGGCCCUUCACGCUGAGCCCGGACCGCAGCUUCAGCCUGACGGAGGGCGGAGUUCGUCAGCGCAGCCGCCCGCAUGUCGGGCUCGUGGCGCGCGGGCGGGUCCGGUGCCAGCGCCAGCGGAGGCGGAGGCAGCGGCGGCGGCAGCGCAUCCACGGCGGUAGCGGCCCUUCAUCCUGCCGUGACACCCAGGCCGCCUCGGCCGCCAGCAACAGCAGCAGCCCCGGCAAGCAGCUGCAGCGGCAGCACAGCGCCGCCGAGCUCGAGUUCGGCGGCGCGGCGGUAGUCACGCUGGACAGCCUGCGGCGGCGCAUGAGGGCUCUGGCGGCUGAGUACGACCGCUGCGCCGUGCUGACCCAGUCGCUGCGCGAGUCGCUUCCGUGGCGGUCCACUGGAGCAGACGCUGUGGACGGCAGUGCCGGCGUGCUGGCGGCGGCCGCGGCAGCAGCGAGCGGCGCGGGGCUGGAGCCGGUGCCUGAGGCUGCAAGUGAGGCCCCCGAUUCGGAAAGGUGUCGCGCCAACAUAAAUGGCACCGGGUCGCAGCGGUCGGCGGCGCUUGAGGACGUGACGUCGCCCACGCUGGCGGCCAGUAGCGGGCGCACGUCAUGGCAGGCUAGUGACCGGGAGGAGCAGGAGGACGGGCCGGGCAGGAAACGGUCGCGCAAGUCCUUCGGCUGCCGGCUGGAGGGCGUGCUGGGCUCUGCAGAGGCGGCAGGCUCCACAGCAGCCGAGGCCGCCAACCAGGGUGGCCGCAGCAACGUAACUGCGGGACCGCACCGCGAGGGCGUCGCGGGGCCAGCUCAAGGCCCCUCGGCCUCCGGGCCACGCGCCACGGGCUCAAAUGUGCAGCGGAUCACGCAGAAGCUCCUGGCCGGCGCAGGAACGGCGGCCGCGGAGGCGGGUACGAUUGCGGCUUCGCGGGGGCCGCGGUUGGAUUCGCACGCGGUUGCAGACAGCGUCACGUCCAGUACCGCCACGCUGGCAGGCUCGCCGCACAGCAGCAGCGCGGCGGUCAGUGGUGCCACGGACCCGUGCGUCAGCGCCAGCGUCAGCGAGCAGCUGUCCACGCCCUUCGCAAGCGCCAGCGUAGCGCGCGCGUCGGGGCAGCCCGUAGUGCCGCUGCACUCCAGUGGGUCUGACUCCGGCGCUGGCCUCGAGCCGGCCGCUGAGGGCGACACGACGGUGUCCCCGCCUGGCUUCACGGUACACUACACGCCCUGGAGUGCCAGCGUGUCAGAGGAGGCGCAAGUGCCUAUGCCUGCGGGCAGCGAUGACUCAGCUGAAGAGCAGGAGGGGGCCACCUCGACAGCCAGGCGCAUCAGCAACAGCCUCGGAGCUGCAGCAGCCAGCCGCAGCGGCACGGCGGAGCUGCCGGCUAGCAGCAGUAGCGAUUCGCCGUCCGGUCUAGAGUCUGACAGCCUGUCGCCGCUCCCGGCAGAAGACCCAUCCGGGCUGCGCGCCCAGGCUAACGGUGCAGCACUGAUCGGUGCCGCCAAGCCUGCCGCUAACGGCCGCGGUGGCACCGGCGUUGGCGUCGGUCGCUUCGUACCGGAGCUUAAGCUUGAGGGCACACGCGGGCACGCUGACGCCGGCGUGUAUGAGUCCAUGGAGAUGUGCUGCCUGGGCUCCACGCGCGCCUUCCCCACAGCCCGGAACGCGGCCGGCGCGCUGACAGCACGGCAGGUGAGCCACAGCCGGCAGGCGUCCUUCGGCGCGUACGCCGCUUUCACAGCUGCUCAUGACCAGCUGACGCCGCCGUUGCUGUCGCCGGCCGGCGCUACGGUUGGGCCCGGCACAGCGGCGGUGGACGCGGAGGCGUCGGCUCGCAGCCCCCUUGUGGAGGACGCGCAGGCGCGCGGUGCCAGCGCGGUGGCGGCCUCUACGCCCAAGGGCGUGAGUACACCGCCUAGUGGUGGGGCUGCGUUGGAUGACGACGCAGUGCACUGCGAUGACCAGGAGCCGUCACCGCCGCCGCCUGGAGGCAUGCUGCUGGGCACACUGGAGCAGCUGCGCGGGGGAGGCGGCCCGGGCACCACCGGCAAGCGCGCUGCGCUGGCGGCGCUUGAGGAGGACGAUGAGGAGGAGCUUUAAGUCGAGUAGCGUGGAGCAGAGCGCUGAGGUGUAUCAAACGAGCGAUGUAUUUCUUAAUAAACACAUGAGUUUUGCGGGCACGCAGAUGCAGUCUAGUUGGUUGGCUAAGGUGGACAAGGUGGGCGCAUAUCAGGCGCACGAGAGGUGUGGAGGAUUCAUCCGCGCGAGGUCGAGUUAGACGGGGUGCGAGCGAGGCUUCCGGCGCGUCAUACGAGUGCGAGGUACGAGAACCGAACCCAAAGUGUGCCGGACUGCACUGCAAGCCGCCGAGAUCUUGGAAGUUAGUGUACUUCCUCGUCAUUUGGCAAAGCGGAUGUCGAGUAGGAUUUCCCGCAGGCGUCGGCCACAAACCGGGGCAAUUAGGCAGCCAAGCGUUGGGCGAUAGCCAGGGCUCAGAGGAGCUGAUGCGGUUGUAGAUAGCAGGACGCAGGCUGCAACAAGGGCGCCGUGCGAUGACGCGGAAGCGUUCUGAUGCGAGCGUGGGGGCAGGGCCCCCCUGUGCGCGGGUUCGUCGGGUACCCGCCAGCGGUUUCCGGUAGCUCCGGUGGUUGCGGCCCCGGUGCGCUCGGCAUGCCUCUUAGGUCUGCCGCAUCGCACGCAUCCAAUGCACCCUGGAACUGAUCUGCUGACUUGUGAACCAGCCGUUCGGGUUUGAAUGGGUCCACGAACUCAUCAGUUCCGGCUCGCAUCGUGGGCAGGUUCUCUCAAACCCCUUCUGAGAAGAUCCCAAAACCUUGUCGCACGCGAGCUUUACUAGCCAGGCUUGAACAUUUGCUCAACGGAGCUGACAGGUGCUACUACGAGAGCUGUGGUGCGAGGGGACAUGGGGCAAUAGGCAGGUUGCUGUAGUCCCGUGGGCCGUGGCUUGGUGGGCUGACAAGCGCUUAUAGGAGAGCUGGUGUCGUAUGUGCUGGGCAGCCUCAAUUGUGUGAGGAGGCAUAGCACGGACGCGAAGCGAUGAAGGGACUGUGGCUGGCUUGCCGUGUCGUGAGCGCAAGGCUGGCACAUUGGAGAGGAUGAGGGGGGCUACGGGCGCGGCCUCCGCGCCUCCUGCCCCCCAGGUAUGGCUGCUGCUUGCGCAGAGCCUGGGGUGGCGGCAUGGCGCGGCUGACGUGCCCUUGCUGACCCUCACGGUGAAGCAGGCAACCCAGCUUCAACUUGCGCCUGCGUACGACGCGCUCCGCGUGCGUCACUUGGCCUUCAUCCAAGAGGCCUACAGCGGCGCCGCGCCGCCAGCGGAAGCGAUUCAUGCGCUGCGGGCGGCCCUGGCGCGGCUGUGGGCUUUGGUGUGGGAGCCGCGAUACAAGGAACCGCUCUGGCGUCUGGCAGUCAAUGGGUUCACGGGCUUUGGGAUGCUUGCGGCGUGGGCCGCGGAUGGACGCGUGGAGAAAUGCCCAUGUGGGACUCAGAUGACUGCUGGGGCUAGGGUUCAUCACUUCUGGGACUGUGUGGUGGCGGAGGCUCUGCGUGAUGUACUGCGGGAGCAUGCGAAUGUGGACAUCACGCGGAACCAGUUGUGGUUAGUACAGGCGCCACCAGGGCUAUCGCAGGCGGUGUGGGACGUCGUGUGCUUGGCUGCUGUGGCGGCCCUGGAAUACGGCCGACAGCGCCUUUACGCUUGCCGUGAUGCUGCAGACCGGACUGCGGAGGUUGCUGUUGUGCGAAGGAUCGGUGUGGAGGUGAUUGCGGACUUCUGGUCACGGCUAGCUGCGUUUGUGAGUCUGCGUCGGCCUCC